AUGUUUGAGUAUGUUGGAGCAACUGAAAAGAUUGCCCCCGCCCCACCCGGUGUAAGUCCGAGCCCUGAGGGGGGGCAUCGAGCGGGGCGUGGGAGGCCCGCACGCUCCCCACCCCCAGCCGCGACCCGGAGGAGGGGAACGUGCCGGGAGGCUCGAGUCCCCCUCCCAGAGUGCCCCGGGCCAGAGAAACCUCCCGCUGGCUCCCGGGCCGGGCGUGCAAGGCCCCCUCUCCGGCCAGGGCCCAGGGCGCCGCGGGCCCCAGCGGAGGGGAAGGGGACUAAGUGGGGAAGAAGCUGUAAACAGCCCCAGCGUCCGGGCCUCGCCUCGAAGAGCCCCGCUUUCCAGGCCCGGCCGCGGGCCGCCCCGGCCCCCAACCCGCCCCGGGGCCGCCGCGCCCGGGGUCCGGGACACCGGAGGGGAGUCGGGUCCCCUCCCCGGAGAGCUCCGGGAGCUCGCGGAGCGGCCCCAGGAGCAGAGAAGGGGGAAGUCAGGACUUACCUGUCAUUACUUUCUACGCCAUCUUGGAUCCACUUGUCAACGUCCCCACAAAGCAUUAUGGGUCCUACUGCAACCCGAAUGGUACUUAGACUCCACAAGACCAACUUCCUAUUUCUGCAUCAGCGAAGGUUCGGAGUGGAGCUUUUCAUUCAACAGAGACAGCAGGAAGCACAGAGUUCGGUGACGAAUUCUCACAUGCAGGUACCUUUUCAGUAGAAAAAUUCACUAAGGUUUCUGACACUUUCUACCUAUGGGCCAGUUACACACAGAAGAGAAAACUGAAACUGAAAACUGAUUUGUCAUUUUUACAAAAAGUCACUGCAAAGAAGGAGAAUUCCAAGUACAAAUGACUUAAGCUUGACCAAAAGGUAAAAAUAUCCUUUAUAAUUCUCUUCACAAGAAGGGAGCCAGGUAUUUAUUGGAUGCAAGACAGUUUGUUUAAGGAGCUUAAAAAAGCAAAGAUAUAGCCGUGAAAAAGA